AUGGAACAACUAGUAGCUCAUGGUGGAAACUCGACAACAACCCUUCCUGUCGACAUCAUCAUCGAGAUACUCUCUUUGCUUCCUGCAAAAUCAAUCAUACGAUUCCAAUCCGUGUCGAAAGAGUGGUUCUCUAUCAUCCGCAGCAAAGACUUGGCUGACACGUUUCUGACUAGGUCAAAGACUCGGCCUCAUCUCCUUGUAGUCCUCGAGCUCUUUUCACCCGGAAAACUUCACUGGUUCUCGGUUCCUGAACACAAGGACAACAGCAAUGAUAAAACCUCCAGAGCCAUCUCCAGACAAGACAUGACCCACUCGACAGACGUCUACUACUACUUCUUCAGCUCUCUUCCUGUCAACGGCUUUGUCUGCUUCACACAUACUUUUUAUUCGACAAGCCUUUGGAACUCGAUCACCGUUUGUAAUCCCAUCACUAGACAAACUGUGAAACUCCCCGACAUUGGAAACAACAUUGGAAACAAGGGAAGAAAAGUGUAUCCACUCCUCGGGUACGAUCCAGAGGAAGAUCAAUACAAAGUGUUGUGUGUGAUGACGUACACGAUAUCGUACGGCGUUGAUCAAGGACAUAACCAACCUGAGCAUUACGUUUGCACUGUGAGUUCAUCUGAGAAACAAGAGUGGAGAAACAUUGAGAACACCACGGUUGAUAACUACCCCUAUGUCAGCCAAGGGAUAUGCAUUGAUGGUGCUAUAUACUAUGGAGUCGGACAGUCAAACAUAGCUAGGUUCGAUGUUAGGUUUGAGAAUAUGGAGUUGAUCAAAGCACCUAAAGAAUCAAACAUCUCGAGAACGUGCUAUUCCACUCUUGUAAAUUACAAUGGAAGAUUGGGAGGUGUAGAGUUUCAUAAUUACAAACAAGAGAUGACCUUGUGGAUUCUUGAGGAUUUUGAGAAGCAGGAAUGGUCUAGAAAGACGUUUAAAUAUCCUUGUGAGUGGAAACGGUUUCGACUAGAGUCUAAGGGUUUGAUUCAUACCGGCGAGCUUAUGGUGUUUAGACGAUCGCCAUACAAAACUAAGCCCUUUUGUGCUUAUUAUUAUGAUUUUAACAAAGAGAGUGCAAGAAAAGUGGAUCAGAUCGGAGGAGUGGAGACUGAGGAACCACCCGAAACAAGGCUUUGUUAUCCAGGUUAUGUUGAAAAUAUUAGGUUCCUCUAA